AUGGACCCUUUCAAGAAGCUCCCGGUAGAAGUCACCCUCUCCAUCAUGGAAAACAUCUACUCACAUACGACUAUCUGGCGACUCAUCCAAGCCUCCCCCACGAUGCUGAGCCAUUAUUCGGCUCACAAACAAACCCUCCUCAACACGUUCAUAUCGAAGUUAAUACGAACAGGUAACAACGAUGAUUUGCUCCAAGAUGCGUUGGGUAUCAUCGGAUUUGACGCGACCAAGACCGAUGAUCAGGCGACAAAAUGUCACUUGGAGCAAUGGUCGUCAAAGAAACUCGCUGACCCUUUCCGACAGCCACCGCCGCAAAGAAACCAGGCAACAAUGGCGCAUCUCCAUCGCCUGUUCUCUCGUCUUGGACUCUUAAUCGAAGAUUAUAUGGGGAAGGCAACGUCCUCAUCUCCAGUUGAGGCAUACCUCAAACAUCCUCCUGAGAUCACCUAUACGAACACCAACAAGAGAGUCACUUUGGAUGACUUGGCACCAAUCGAGAGGUAUCGCCUAUUUCGAGCUUUCCUCAAAUUUGAGGUCUUAUGCAAGGUCUAUGACCCUCGGGUGGGGAUGCAUAUGCUUGAGUGGAGUGAAUUGGCUUCCCCGUCAUGGGAACACAUGGAUUCCAGCCUAUAUGAGUCUAUUCAUUGUGUUUACGAGUACGUCGGAGCUUCCUUUGGUGGCCUGUUUGCGAGAUUAGCUUGGGCACAGGAACGUCACCCUGAUUGUUUCUUUGUAAGGAGCGACACGAAGGGCCUUCUGUAUCCCGACAAUGUCAGAAUCGACCCCCAUGGCUAUUUUCAAGAUCUUCUUCGGACAUGGGCAUUCCAAAAUGUAUCGUGGUGGUCAGAAUAUCAGGGAUUUGACCUCUUAGUCCAUUUACUGAGUCAUAUGAGUAAGGGUUCUCACGGCAAUCCGACUCUACUACACUGGUUCUGCUGUCUUUUUGAGGAAUGUGCAGAAGAGCCAAGGGUCACAAGACCCCCUCAUGAUCCACCCUACUGGGGCGGGUUUCUCAACAGACAUGGCGGUCUCUCACCGAGACUAACUGACCCCCUGGGUGGUCUAUCAUUGCUAUUGGUCAGUAGGAUUUACGAAGAUGAAGAUCCAGUUGAUGAACUGGAGGGUGCAGCAACAUAUUCAAUCAGAGGUAACAACCGUUUCUCAUGCGCUCGGCGUGGGAUGCGCCGACUAUCUGACUUUUUCGCAGAGGAGUUAUCAAGCCGUACAGUUCAAAUCAAGAUGUACCGACAGCGGGCGUGGAUGUUUUGCGAUUCUGCAAGAUCAUAUCCACCAAUCGACUUGCACUUCCCUGAUAGAAAGGCUCUUCAACGCUACGACGUCGAGGCCACGCGCCAGAUUAUCAUACACGGAGAGGACGAGCAUCACAUACGGCGAUAUGUUCAGUGGCAGGACUAUUUUACUGGACGGACUCUCCGAGAACCAUUCCUUUUUGAUGAACUGGAAUGCGUAGAGAAGUUUCCAGAGAACAAUGUCCAGCAUAUCCCGCCCUUCUUCAACAGCAGUGUCGAAGGGGAGCUAAGCACAUUUUGGCGAUUUGCACCAAGGUGGGACUAA